AAAAAAACAACCAAAACAAAUAAAUAAAUAAAAUGAUUUGAUUCAAUGUAUAUUUUAAUUAUUAUUUUCUUUAAAUAUUUUUACAGUUUGAUAAAAUAACCAAAAAAAACGAGGAAAACAAAAAGAAAACGGAAAAUAAGAAGAAUAAAGUAUGUAGAAUUGUACAAAACAUAUUCAUUAAUAUAUUUGGACAUUAUAAAGUAUAUAUAUAUAUACAUAUAUAUAGGAAAAAUAUGAAUAAAACAUUUGCACAUAUCACUUUAUAACGGAAAAUUAUAUACUUUAAUGAAUGAAUAAAUAAUAAUUCAGAAAAGUUUGUGAAAAGAACGAAAAAAAAGAAAAGAAAAGAAAAGAAAAGAAAAAAGAAAUGAAUAAUAUUACUUCUGUGAAUAAUUUAACAAUUAUACGUUCAUAUUUUGAAUUUCAUGCACGUUUUGGAUUGGAACGUUUAUGGAUAACAAUUAUUAUAUUAAGUUUAUUAAUAUUAUGCACAGUAAUUGGGAAUGUUUUUGUUGUAGCAGCUAUUUUAUUGGAAAAACAUUUACAAGGGGUUUCCAAUUAUUUGAUUGCCAGUUUAGCUGUUGCUGAUUUAAUGGUUGCAACACUUCCAAUGCCAGUAGCCGCUAUCUAUGAAAUCUCUGAAGAUUGGUGGUUAGGUGAAGCAUUAUGUGAUUUCUGGGUAUGUUCCGAUGUAUUAUGUUGUACAGCAUCAAUACUUCAUUUAGUCGGUAUAGCAUUAGAUCGCUAUUGGGCUGUAACAAAUGCAGAAUAUAUUCGUCGAAGAACAGGUCGUCGAAUAGGAAUUAUGAUUGGAAUAUUUUGGUUUUUAUCUGUAUUAAUUUCGAUCCCAGCAAGAUUUCAUACUACAAGAUCAUAUAAUUAUGGUGGUUAUUCAUCUAAUUUAGAUUUAAAUGAACCACCAAGUUGUCGAAUUAAUCAAGAACAUGGUUAUACAGUAUUUUCAAAUAUUGGCGCAUUCUAUAUGCCAAUGAUAUUUAUUAUAGGUAUAUAUGCACGAAUUUAUCAAGUAGCUAGAGCACGUAUUAGACGUUCAGCAUUUAAACAAUCAGGAACAACUAAUUUAUGUAUGAGUCAAUGGAAACAACCGAAAUCUAAACAACAACGUCAGCAUUCAUUCAGACAUCAUUUAAACACAUACUGGUGUAAUUGUUGUCAUAAUUACAAAAAUAGAUACUCCGCUAAAUUAAUUCCUACUAGAAAUAAUAAUAAUACUAGCACUAAUCAAGAAAAUCCAUCAUCAUCACAAGUAGCAGAUACAGAUUGUACAAUGAUUGGAAGAAAAACAAUAACACAUAUAGAGACACCAACAGUAACAAUGAUAAAUAAUAAAAAUUCUAUGAAUAAUAAUAGUAAUAAUAAUGACAAUAAUACUUUUAAUAGUGUCCAAGUAUCUAUACCAUAUGUUGAUGAUAUGGAAACUAAAUCAAAUUAUUAUCAAUCUAAUGAUAAUAUUAAUAAAAAUCAUAUUUAUACUAAACCAAUUAUAUUACAUUAUUGUGAUAAACAAAGCCCUAACAACAAUAAUGAAUACACAUUGAAUAUUUACAAUGAACAUUGUUUAUAUAAACAUGAAAUGAAAUUCAAUUAUAAAGAAAUUAAAAAAUUUAAUUCUUUUAAUAAUCUUAAUUCUAUAAUAAAUUUUAAUUCAUAUAAGCAUACAUUAUUAUCUAGAUAUAGGAAUUCAGCUCCAUCAAUUCUUGUACAUUUAAAUAAUUCUAGUACAUUUUUUACUGAAUUAACGAAUUCUAAUUCCCAAUCAAUUGAAUCAUCUACAGAGCAUACAAAUUCAAUGAUAUGGUCAUCAUCUUCAUCACCAUUACCAUCAACACCAUCAUCUUCAUUUUCAGAAUCAUCAUCAUUUCCUAUAGAUGAUCAUUAUCGACAACAAAACCACCAACAUCAUCAUCAUCAACAUCAACAUCAUCAUCGUCAACAUCAUCAUAGACAUCAACAUAAUCAUCAUCUACAUCAUUCUAUUCAUCGUCAUUCAAAUAAACAUCUUCAUGAAUCUAAUAUAAAACAUAAAAGAAAUAAAUUAAAAAAAUCAAUUAAAAAUCAAAAUCGUUAUCUCCCUAAAUUGAGAUGCUUUUAUCCAUGUUGUUCUACUAAAUCAACAUCUUCAAAUCAACAUUUUGAAUCAUAUCAAAUUAAUAAUAAAUUCGAUUUAUUAAAAAAUAAAAAUUUAAUAAUAAAUCAACGUAAAUAUUUAUCAUAUUGUUGUAUAAAUAAACAUAAACAUUACACAUUAGAUCACAUUACUUCGAGUAAUAAUAAUAAUACUACUAAUAAUAAUAGUAAUAGUAAUAAUAAUAAUGAACAAGGAUUGUAUUUAGAAUCAAUAAAUGAAACUUCUAACCUUACACAUUCAUAUUAUAAACAGAAUACUGUUAACCCCACUCACACGACUACUACAAUCGAUAAUAAUAAUAAUAGUAAUAAUAAUAAUAAAAGUACUAAUAAAUAUAUUAAAACUCAUAAUCAUAACUCAUUGAAAUCAUCAAAGAAUCAAUUGAAUUUACGGAAGAAAUUAUGUCAUAUGUUUAAUAUACACAAUAAUAAUAAUAAUAAUAAUGGUAAUAAUGUUUAUAAUAAUAAACAUAUAUUCACUCAAUCUACAUCCAAUUUACCAUCUAAUAUGAAUACAAAUAUAUUAACUAUGAAUAAACCUAAUGAAUUACAAACGCAAUUAAAUAUACCAACAACCAUAACUACAUCUUUAACAAUAAAUGAUGAAAUAACAAUGAUAUCAAAUAUGAUACCAAUAAAACAAACACAAGUAAAUCGUGAACGUUUAGAAGCUAAACGUGAACGUAAAGCUAUAUUAACAUUAGCUAUUAUAACUGGUUGUUUUUUAUUAUGUUGGUUACCAUUUUUUAUUGUUGCCUUAAUUUCACCAUUUACAAAAAAUUUUAAAAUAACAAAAUUUGGUCAAAGUAUGAUAUUAUGGUUAGGUUAUUCAAAUUCAUUAUUAAAUCCAAUUAUUUAUACAAUAUUUUCACCAGAUUUUCGUAAUGCAUUUAGAAAAAUAUUAUUUGGACGUUACAAUUUACGUUCAUUAUCAAGAUAAUUAUUUAAUCAAAACAUACAUCAUAAAUGUAGUAUGAAAGAUAAUAAAAAAAAAGAAAACAAAGAAAAAGAACAACAAAAAGAAGAAGAGGAAGAAGAAAAAGAGAAAGAACAAAUAAAAGAAAGUGCCCUCUAUUGAUUGAGAAUUAUUUUUCCCAGUCCAACAACAAAAAUCGAUGAAAAAAACAAUAACAAAAAAUCGCAUUCAUUUCAUUAUGUUUUUUAUGAACAUUUUCACGAAUUCGCUUUAUGUUCAUUUAUAAUAUCUAUAUACAUAAUGUCAAUAUUAUUGCUUUCAUGAUGAUGAUGUUGAUGGUGACGAUGAAGAAGAAUAAGAAUAAGAAGGUUAUCAUUUGAGUUAUAUAAUUUGAUUAUCUAAUAAUUAUAAUUAAAACAUUCCAUAUAUCACAUUUUAUGUACAGAGAUAAUCAAAAGUAUCAUAUGAAAUGAUUCUCUAUAGUUCAUAUGUUAAGAGUUCAUGAUUGAUUAUAAAAAUAUACCUCUCCAACUACUUGUUGAAUUUUAAUUUAUAUAUAGACGUUUUGAAGAAGAAAGAGUGUAAAUGCGUCUGUUUCGCCCUGUUUGCACAAUGUUAAACAUAUAUAUACAUGUAUUUUUUUAGCUUUUCCACGCCUUAUUUCAAUGUAUGCAUAUAUUUAUAAGGAUCUCUCUCUUUCGCUCUGUCUCUUUCUAUAUAUAUACAUAUAGCAAUGUAAUUUUCCACAGUAUAUGAUAUCAUUGUAAAAUGCAAAUGUCUGGUAAUUUCUUUAUUAACUUGUUAAUUGUCGUGAAUUGUUUUCUUUUUUUCUACUAAUAAAAUAAACGCAAAGAUUUAUGGUCAAUUGAA